AUGCAACUUUUGGGCCCCCUUUUACUUUUGUACUGUUUUUUCUUCUUCGUUAAUACUACAGACGCAAGAGACGAUGAUCAAGGAUAUUAUGAGUUUCUUAAGGAUGCAAUAAAUAAAGAUGAGGAGAUACGAAGAGCAGAGAAGAAGAAUUAUCUGCAUCAUUUGCCAGGAGGAAUCGUGCCACAAUCGUAUAAAUUACCAGGUGAUUAUGUGCCUUUACCCGGUCGUAGCACGAACACAGACUAUUGGCCCCUAUACCCAAUGGCGAACCAAUACAUGGCGGCAGUUACAUUGGAUACUUCAAAAGCAAGGCACACUGGAAUCGAUCUAAAUGUACCGGUACCAUGGUGGGGCUUCCUCGAUAUGAAUGGACAUAUUAUCGAAAGAUAUCAGGACAAAUGGGCAAAAGUUGGUUACACGAAUAAUCCCAUAAAUAUGCUGGGAUUGAGCAAACAACAGCUUGUACGAUUAAUGUCGGACCCAUCUCUGCACUGGAAUAGACAGCAACAACCAAAUCUGCCGAUUGCGAUACUUCCACGGAGCUACACGCCUCAGUCAUGUAAACCACCUUUUUGCAAUCCUUAUCACUCAAGCGUCGGAGUUGGUGUAGAGGCCAACGUCCACAUUGAAGACGGAAUUGAAGGUGAAUUAGAUCUACCAGUACCGAUCAGCAAAGAAAUUGGCUAUCGACUACCGAUUGAUGGAAAUAUUCAUUACGAUUUUGACGACAUUUCCGUCACCUAUGGUCAAAAUGCUCGACCAGUUGAUCCUCUCGUUUUCGCACCUGAUCAGCCCCUAAAUAGAGCAAAGAGAAGCUUGAGGCUCUUCUUGGCAGCAAAUCAAGAUACAGAUGAUUUCCAUAAGGAUAUAAAUCGAUAUUUGUGA